AUGUUGGUUGCACAAGAGCCCGCCAUUCCCCGUGCUAUCCCCGCUCCCUCGUCGCCACUCAAGCCACUGGAUCGUGCACUGGAGAACCAGCGGGGCGAGACCAACGUCUACAUUCGCGGCCUUCUCCCUGAGACGACGGACGAGAUGCUCGAGGCGUGGGGUGCCCGGUUCGGAGACAUCAAGAGCUCCAAGUCCAUCAUCGACCUCAACACUGGCCUGUGCAAAGGAUUCGGAUUCGUCAAGUACCACAACUACGAAGACGCUGAGAAUUGCAUCCGUGGCUUCCACUUCCUCGGCUACGAGGUCAGCUUCGCUCGGGAAUCAUUCUACUCCAAGCUCAAGACGUUUGCCGAUGAUAACAACACCAACCUUUACGUCUCCAAUCUGCCCAAGACGAUGAAUGAGCACGAGCUGGCCCAAUUGUUUGCUCCGCACAAGGUGUGCUCCUCGCGUAUCUUGAGGGAUAAGAACGGGCAUGGUCGUGGCGUGGGGUUUGCUCGGUGA